AUGCGUUUUCGCCGACAACUUCUGUUGCUGUUUUCCAAUUGUCUACGUGCGUUAGAAACUGAAAUUAGGGCGGAAGCUGUGGCGUCUGGACAACUGGCCGGGACGCGCGCAGUCCUUCCACCGUCAGCUUUUGCUACGGCAAAGCCACAUCAUUCUUCGGGCAGGCAUUUUUUGGCCACCGUGCGAGACGCCAUACUGCAAAAGACGUGCUCGAGGCGGCGAAGGCCGAAACAGGACAAGGUUGAAGGUGCAGUUGGGGGACCCGUUGCGGAACGCGGCGGGGAGGAACGGCGAACUGAACUGCGACAAAGAACUGUGGGUCCGGAGCAAAGAAAUGCAGGACACAGCUGCUCAGAAAGCCGAGACAGCCAGGCUGGGAAUACGAGCAAGCCUGGCUGCAGCACUGGUGGGCGGAAGUGGAGCCGCACUGCUCCUGCUACUAGUUUCGUUAGUAUGAUACCCGGGCCUGAGACCUCCGAAAUUUUUUCUACAUCAUCAAAAAGCCAUGAUUUUUCGACAAGCAGCGAAGCUACACAACCUGUAGAAGGCGCGGAUGGGGAUGCAGUUAUGCCAAGAACAGAAAAAACCGUGGCGAAUGAGGGUACAAGGGAUUCAUCAUCUGGUGAUCUUGUGGCCUGUCCUCGAACCAUGAUGGGUCAGAAAGGGCGCAAGGCUUCGAACCCUGUAAGCAACACAGGUUUGCUCGGUCAGCCGACCCUCAGGGAGCGGGGCCUUCUGCUGUCAGGAAAUUCUACGAGAACUUCGCUCCUACACGAAAAAGACGGUAUUUUGAGCUUUCUCUCCCCGAAAGAAGCGGUUGCUGUGCUGCAGACGAGUAAAAAGCACACGGACGAUGUUGAACAAGAAGAUCGCGGUGCGCCGUCCACAUCUAAUGCAAGCGAGAACAACAGCGUGAAAGCUGCUGCGUGGGAACAAUACAGACACGACAGCAAGCUGGAAAACCGCGCGGAAAGCUGCGAGGACCUGUGGCUGGAGGUUCUGCGCGAGCGAGUCGGGACGAAGAAGCCGCGGGACUACUGGAACCCCCAGGUCGAUGGGCAUUCUGAUUUCUUGGCGAAGUUCCAGUGCCGUCUGGACUCGCCGAGAAGAAGGAAACAGACUGCCGGCGAGACCGACUGGAGCGUACUUACCAGUUUGUUGCACGUGAUCGAAGGUUAUAUCUUAUCCACUUGAUAGAAGCAGAAUUGAAUAAUUCUCCCAUAAUUUACACUGUACUAGAUACGGGAUAGCGCCAUAUUUUGUCUGAAAAAGCCACACGUUCCAAAUCUGAAAUUUGAACAGGUACUGUUGUUGAUGUCGAUGGCGGCCGAGACCUGCAGUCCCCUCAGAUCCUACAGCACCAGCGAAAACGAAACCGCGAUAUUGCAGGAUAGGUACGCGUCGGAGAACCUUCAAAAGGGUUGCCAUGCGGGUGACCGGGAUUUUUUCCGCGAGGUUUUGGACUUUUUCCACGCGGAAGUUUCACGGUCGGAUCGUACGUCUGAGAAGGGAAAGCAUGUUGUAAUUUGGAAUCCCCCGCAGGAGACCAAUGGAUUCAAUGGAACUUUGGCUGCGCGGGCAAUCGCGAGCAAUCCCAAUCGGGGCCUCUUGGAUAGCAGAUGUCGACUUGCAAUGGCAACGGAGCUCCUCUUUCAGAGACACGCGGUUGUCUACGACACACCCUUUUUCUUCGUGAAGCAUGGU